GGAGAAAUCAAACGAAAGUAGGAGACCGACAGAUACAAGAAUAUUUAUAAAGAAUUCAAAUCUCGAUACCUAAAAAUUGAUUCACGAAGAUGAAGCCUUUCGUCCUCCACAUGGCAUUUAGAGGCUAUUUCGUUAGGCAUGUCGUAGAGGGAAUCCUUUCGUAUCGCAGAUCUUCGUGCGCCUCCGCAAUUACCCUUAGGUCCUCUUCCUCUCGUACUCGUUGCGCUAAGCACCACGCUGACCCUGAUGCGAUCCGCCCGCUCCUCAGCACCUCUACCCCGCUCGGGGUCAUCACUGUAGGCACCAUUCCACGAGAAGACGGACAACGCGUAGAGCUACCUAUGCCAAACGAUCUCCGCGCGGAUCAUGAGUUUGAGGACGGAAGACCCCGGUAUCAUAACCUGCUGUUGGAUGGACUUGUUCUCUCGCCAGAACGUCGAGAAGACGCGGAGCUUAUUCUUCCACGAGGCGAUCCCAUCACUGUUACUGAGCCGGAGGAGGUCGAUUCGGCGUCGACCGCGGACCCACUCCAGCUGAGAACGAUUCGUGGUGGGGACGGGCAGCAAGAGCAAGAUAAUGAAUGUGCAUGUUGCAUCUGUCGUGAAGCACUCGACCCUGAUGACCCCGGCCGUCAACGCGUGGUGGCUUGUGGUCAUGCGUUUCACGCAGAGUGUAAGUAUCCAAGAGCCGUUCUCGAAUCAUUUCAUCGCGAUGCCCUCUAUGCAGAGCGAGGGUGCGGGAUGCGUCUUCAGUUGCGGGUAGGGAAAGUAAGAACGACAGUGACAAUCUUCGUUCGCCCUUGUCCAGAGUAG